AGAGGCCCUGGUUUUUGUCUUGUUUUGUUUUAAAUUAAAAUUUAAAAUUUAAAAAAAGUUAAUUUUUAAAAUUAUUUUUUCCUUAAAAAACGCCAAAUUUUCACUUUAAGCCCAUUAAACUAUAUAUAGGCAAAUACAUUUGGGCUGUAUGUAUGAAACUGUAAUUUAAAAGUACAAUUUUAAUUGUGCUGGUUGUUCAUGUCGCAACUGUCAGCAUUACCUUCAGUGGUAUAUGCGAAUUAUGAUUUUUGAGUAACAUUAGUAAAAAACAAAACACAUCACUAAGGAUUAUGCAUGAUUUGGUAUUGGAAGAGGCCAGUACGGUGAUGGUGACACCAUGAAUUACUGCACCGGGUGACACCAAACCUAGUGACACCCACUGUUUUGACUUUACAGGUGGAUUUAAACUCAAAUUGGUUUCAGCCCAAUGGAGACACAUGCCUUGAAGCUUAUGCCUUCAUUCAAUUCCCUUAAAUGACCAAGAUUGCUUUUCUUGUACAUCCCAAAUGGCCACUAGAGGGCAAGCAGUCCCCCCUCUUUCUCUCUCUCUCCUUCCAUUCUUCCCUCCCCUGCUUGCUUCUCCUUUCUUCCAGCCCCCCCAUCCAAGCCCUUCUCAGCUGAGCUUUGAUAGUUGCUUGGUGCAGCAGCAGCCCCCAAAUGCUGGGUUUUCUGCUAGUCAAAUUCCACCACAGACUAGGCAUCUUGCUGAAUGCACUCAUCCUUGGCCAUCACCAGCCUGGAGGUGACAAGUGCUAAGGAGGGAGACCAGGAGCCCUGGAGAGAAACUACAGAGCAGAAAGUUAGUGCCAAGGAAAAGGUGGUGCUUUCGAAAGAUGGGGAUGCACCUGGAAUUGCUGAAGAUGUUCUGGGGAGCCUUCGUCCUCGUCUUCUGGCUCCUGCAGGAGACGGCUGUGGGAUCUGACCAAGAAAGACCAAAGCCAGGUUGGACCCAGGGAGAUGUUUCGAUGCUGGGGGUAGAACCUCGAUCCUGGGAGCGAAAGGUGCGGGAAACCUCACCAGACAACAAGCGAACACAGAUUAGCCAGGACCUCAUUGGGAAAAGUUUAGCUAUUGACACUUUGACAGACAACGAAACACAGAUUGUGGAGGACAACCAUAGCUACUAUAUAUCCCGGAUUUAUGGACCUGGUGAGAUUCGAGCCAAAGAACUUUGGGUUGAGGUAGCAGAAGCUAAUAGGAGCCAAGUGAAGGUCCAUGGAAUCCUGUCCAAUACGCACAGACAAGCCUCGAGAGUCAUCCUGUCCUUUGACUUCCCCUUCUAUGGGCAUCACUUGCGACAGGUCACCAUAGCAACGGGAGGUUUCAUCUUCAUGGGGGAUAUCAUCCAUCGGAUGCUGACCGCCACGCAAUACAUUGCUCCUCUUAUGGCAAACUUCAAUCCCAGCUACUCCCGCAAUUCCACUGUCAAGUAUUUUGACAAUGGAACAGUCUUUGUGGUUCAGUGGGACCAAGUGUACCUGGAAGGAAAAGAAGACCGAGGUUGUUUCAUCUUCCAGGCAGCUCUACACAGUGAUGGCAGAAUUGUCUUUGGCUACAAAGAGAUCCCCAUGUCAGUCCUGGAGAUUAGUGCUACACAGCACCCUGUCAAAGCUGGCCUCUCAGAUGCUUUCAUGAUCCUUAACUCUGCUCCUGGUGUGCCUGAAUCCCACCGUCGGACCAUCUAUGAAUACCACCGAGUAGAACUGGACACCAGCAAGAUCACAAGCGCAUCAGCUGUGGAGUUUGUGCCCUUGCCCACUUGUCUCCAGCACCAGAGCUGUGAAGUCUGCACGACGUCAGAUUUAACCUUCAACUGCAGUUGGUGUCAUGUCCUGCAGAGAUGUUCCAGUGGAUUUGACCGAUAUCGUGAAGAGUGGUUAGAAUAUGGAUGUAGCCAAGAGUCAGAACAGAAGACCUGUGCAGACUUUGAAGAAGAUGAACAUUACUACUCCUCACCUCCCAAUAGCAGUCCCUUCACGCCACUCGGAGAAGGUGUCACCACUUCUUCUCACUUUGUUGACAGCCUAACCACAGAAGACGAUACAAAGAUGAACCAGAUUCCAGAAGGAGAAGGUUUGCAAGAUGAACUCCCUACAAAGAAAGUGGGGUCACAGAUCCAUACAGGAACAAUCGUUGGUAUUGUCCUGGCUGUUCUGCUCAUUGCAGUGAUUAUCCUUGCUGGCAUCUACAUCAGCAGUAAACCUACCUCCAGCGCUGCGUUGUUCUUCCUCGAACGAAGACCACACCAGUGGCCUGCUAUGAAGUUUAGAAACCACUCAACUUACACUGAGGUGGAAGCAGCCAGCCAUGAGAAGGAAGGAUUUGUUGAAGCAGAUCAGUGUUGAACAAUGCUUCUCUUCUAU